GUUCUUCUUCUAUUUCGCCUGCUUCUAGGGUUUUACCUCCACUUUACUCCACUCCCCUCCCUCAACCCCAUUCCUCGAGUACUCUUCGGUCUUGUGCUUCCAAUUUCUCUUCACCGCCAUGGCACUAUUGCUCAAUGUUAGCAUACUUCCUUGGUUGGAUAUGACCGCGGCUACGGCUACGGCGAUUGUUUGUAGCCCCUGAUUGUCAAAGUCUUCGUCAUUCUUUGCUGUUGUUUUUUUUUUUUUUUUUUUGUUUUUUUGUGUGAGGUGCUAGGGGACAUUUUUUGUUUGCGUCUUUGCGGGCGGGGUGAGCUAUGGAUCACUGGGACGGAAGCGGAGGAGAAAAGGAGGAUGACCUCGCGAGAAUGAAAGGGGAGAAUAGCCCUUUGCCGGAGGAGGAUGACAAUGCCACUCCCACGGGAUCCCCUUCGCCAGCGCUGUCGCCGUCGCCAUUGGCAGUAGUUCAUUCACCUGGAGUUCCUGGGGCAGGUGCUGCAGCUGCGGUGUCAGUAGGUCUUGGAGGAGCAGACGCUGUUCCGAUGGACGAAGUCCACCCUGCGUCCGUGGCGCCGAACGGUGGAGCUUCGUUUAUGUCGAAUAAUGAACGGCGCGCUCGGGCGGCCAUUUUGAUAAACCCGCACGAUGUAGAUGCUUGGAAUGGGCUUUGUAACGAGGCUCAGAUGAAGCCGAUUGGAGAUGCUGUUCCAAUUUACGAGGAGUUGGUUUCCACGUUUCCAACAUCGGCAAAGUUUUGGAAAGUUUAUGUGGAGGCUCAACUAACAGCAAACGAUGACGAUGCUGUGAAGCAAAUAUUUAGUCGAUGCCUGCUUCAGUGCCUGCAUGUGGACCUUUGGAGAGCAUAUCUUCGAUACAUGCGCAAAGUGAAUGAAAAUAGAGGUUCUGAAGGGCGCGAAGAGAUGAAAAAAGCGUUUGAAUUCAUGCUCGGGCAUAUUGGUUUUGAUAUUAAUGCAGGUCCGGUUUGGCUUGAGUACAUUUCUUAUUUGAAAGCUGCUCCAGCAGCGACUCCACAAGAAGAAUCCUUUAGGAUGACAGCAGUGCGGAAGGCUUAUCAGAAGGCUGUCUUGGCUCCUGUUCAUCUCGUUGAGCAGAUUUGGAAGGAAUAUGAAAGUUUUGAGAAUUCCGUCAGCCGUGCCCUGGCAAAGGGCCUUUUGGCCGAAUACCAACCUAAGCAUUUCAGUGCCAGGGCUGUUUAUAGGGAGCGCAAGAAGUACUGUGAUCAUAUUGAAACAAACAUGCUUGCGGUGCCUCCAACGGGCUCGUACAAAGAAGAACAGCAGUGCAUAGCUUGGAAGCAGUUGUUGAAAUUUGAGAAGGGGAACCCACAGCGAUUAGACCCAGUGGGUUUGACCAAGCAUGUAGCUUUCACAUAUGAACAGUGCUUGAUGUAUCUGUAUCAUUAUCCAGACAUUUGGUAUGACUAUGCCACUUGGCAUGCUCAAAACGGGUCACCUGAUUCUGCUGCUGUUAUAUUUCAGCGAGCAUUGAAAGCUCUACCAGAUACAGCAGUAUUGCAUUAUGCAUAUGCUGAAUUCGAAGAAGCUCGGGGUGCAGUCAAGGAAGCCAAGGCAGUGUAUGAGACGCUCACUACGAAUAGUAAGACAGCCGAUGCUUUAGCAUACAUUCAGUUGAUGCGCUUUGUGAGGAGAACAGAGGGAAUUGAAGCAGCUCGUAAAAUCUUCUUGGAAGCCCGGAAGUCCUCUGCUUGUACAUAUCAUGUUUAUGUUGCAUCUGCCACUAUGGAGCUUUGUGUCGAUAAAGAUCCCAAGGUGGCUCGUAACAUAUUCGAAUUAGGGCUGAAGAAGUACAUUCAUGAGCCUGCCUAUGUGCUAGAAUAUGCAGAUUUUCUUUGUCGUAUGAAUGACGAACGAAACGUACGGGUGCUCUUUGAGCGCGCUCUUAGUGUACUUCCUGCUGAAGAAUCUGCAGAGGUGUGGAAUCGGUUUCUUGCUUUUGAACAAACGUAUGGAGAUCUUGCCAGCACGCUGAAGGUUGAGCAGCGGCGGAAGGAAGCACUUUCUCAAGCAGGGGACGAUGGUGCACUCGUUGCUGAACCUUCGCUGCAGCGGCUCAUCAUCAGAUACCGUUUCCUGGACCUAUGGCCAUGUUCACCCUUUGAUCUUGAUCACAUGUCUCGUCAACAGAUGGCCGUCCAAAAGUUAUCGUCAAGAAUAGAAAAGGUUAGCUCACAUGGUCCAAGUGAAAGGCAAGCUAACCGAGAUUCUGGUCCACUAGCUGAAAAGAAUUCAUCAGUCGGAGCAGUCGGAAACACAGGUUCUAAUAUCAACAUUGUUCGACCUGACGUGACGGCCAUGAUGGUCUAUGAUCCUCGGCAAGGAUUUGGAGUUAUCACCCAAGGACAAGCAGUAGGACCAAUGCAACCUAUUGCAAGGAUUGGUGCGACAGGCAUGCAGUAUGGACCCCCAAUAUUACAUCCACCUGCACCACAGCUUGUACCAGUGGCAGGUGCAGUUCCAAUGUUGCCCAGUGGAGGUAUGUCAGCUAUACCCAUGCAACCAAUGCAUCCACCUCCGCCUGCCGGGCCUCGACCACCUCCGUUGCCUCCAGGACGCCCUCCUGCCGAAGGUGCUGGGAGUACGAAGUCUAUUGAAGAUGUUGUGAAAUAUCUACCUCCCUCUCUUGGCUCUUUCCUUAGUCGUCUUCCACGAGCAGUUAAUGGACCUUAUCCUGAACCAGACACAGUCAUAGCGUAUCUGUUACAAACUGAUCUUCAAGCAAUGAUGCAAGAAGAGGGCCUCACAUUACCGACUAGCGGAGUGACCGCAAGCCCUGCUGGUGGCGACCAGAAUGCAUACAAUCAAAGCCAGGAAAGAACCAUUUCUAAAAGUAGGACCAAUUAUAGUAGUCAAUCCGCUUCCGAAGGGAGGAAUGCAACUGGUUCAAAUGCUCGACAGUCGCGACUUCCGCCAAAAAGAAAAGAUCCUGAACGAGGUGAAGAUGAUGAAGAGACACCUGGGCCACAAAGUCGACCACCUCCCCGAGAUGUUUUCAGGUUGCGGCAGCUACAGCGUGCUCGAGGUGGCACCUCGUCAAUGCAGUCGGGAUCCACCUCAGGCAACAGCGGAGCUUUUAGUGGGGAUGUUUCAGGUAGCUCUGAGUAGCAAUUCUCAGGAAUUGAUAUAUAAAAGAAAUUCCUAUUCUUUAUGAUUUCACUAUCAAAGUGAUUUGUAACAUCUUUGGUGUAACCGUGUUAUAUAUCCGUUCUUUCAUUGAAGUAAUGUUUAGUUUAGUUUAGUUUAGGUGCCCAUCUGCUUGCUUCUUGUUUUUAUCUAGGAAAGAGAUGAAGCGUUCGAUUGUGCUAGUUUUGUUUUUCCUGCAAUAGCACAUCUGCAACUUUAA